CAUAUAUCAGACAUCGUAUGAAAACCCGACGACAUUUGAAGCACACGCCGCAGUAGAGACGAUCUGUCAUAAUGGGAAGAACAUCACCAAAGAUUGCGUCCCUUUUCAUUUUCGGUUUCCUGGUUUUCAAGUUUGCUCUCAGCGCUGGUUUGAAAGGCGGGAGCAUCGCUCCCCGCAUUGUUGGUGGGCAUGAAGCCACUGGCAGUUAUCCUUAUGUUAUCUCCUUAAUGACAGACACGAUUUUUGGUCGAUACCACACCUGCGGCGGCUCAAUCAUCAAUCAGCGUACUGUGAUUACGGCAGCGCACUGCCUAGCCUCCACUUCUGCGUCGUCGCUCAAAGUACAUGUGGGCGAGAAGGCAAAGAAAGUUAUAGAUGGGUUAAUAUACGAAGUGCUAAACACGCAUUAUCAUCCGCUAUGGACAGCCGAAACACAGGACUAUGAUGUUGGACUAGUCAGAAUUGAUGGCUUGUUCGUAUAUACCCCAUCAGUCCAGCCCAUUAAAUUGGCGAGUCUGAAGACCAAAAUCAAGGAGGGCAGCUACGCAACUGUAUUGGGAUGGGGCUACACCAACGCCUGGGGUCCACCCGCUGAGCAAUUAAGAAUGGCCCAGGUACCCAUCGUGAAGCAGUCAACCUGUAAUCGUCGAAUGGGGGGUUUAAUAACCAAACGAAUGAUAUGCGCUGGUUUCAAAAGCGGGGGUGUCGAUGCCUGUCAAAUGGAUUCAGGCGGUCCAUUAGUGUAUAAGGACGUCCUUAUAGGGAUUGUAUCAUGGGGAGUCGGGUGUGCCCAGCGCAAAAAGCCAGGAGUGUAUGCCCGUGUCACCGAACUUCUGCCAUGGAUAGAGCAAACACUACAAAAAGAAUACAAUGAGGUGUUGUAAACAAGCACACACACACAAACCUAUGUAAUCUCGUUCAAAAUUGAAGUCAAUAAAUGUCCACAAACUACA